GUCAUCUUCGAGCUCCUCACCUUCUUGUCGCUGUCAAUCCCACCCACUUCUCUGUCCCAUCAUCGCCCUCCACUCCAUUACUCCUGUUUCUUGUCUUGUACCGACCUUUCGCUUUCUAUCACUGCAGAUAUGGAGGUCCUUCUCGGCAUCACUGGCAAGGACUUUGUCCUUCUGGCAGCGUCUAAGGCUGCCAUGAGAGGCCCGACAAUUCUGAAAGCGACGGAUGAUAAGACACGACAGCUGAACAAGAACACGCUGAUGGCGUACUCGGGAGAGGCGGGAGACACAGUGCAAUUUGCGGACUACAUCCAAGCGAACAUCCAACUAUACACGAUGCGAAACGAUACCGAACUGGGCCCGGUUGCGGUCUCCAACUUUGUGCGAAGCGAGCUGGCCCGGAGCUUGCGAUCUCGGAGUCCCUACACGGUGAACCUGUUGCUCGGCGGGGUGGACCCCAUCUCGCAGGAGCCUCAUCUGUACUGGGUCGACUAUCUGGCUUCGCUGGCUCCGGUACCAUAUGCCGCUCACGGUUAUGCCCAAUACUACUGUUUAUCGACCCUCGACAAACAUCAUCACCCUGACAUCAACCUCGAGCAAGGCAUGAAGCUCCUCGAGAUGUGCACGGAUGAACUGAAGCGCAGACUUCCAAUUGACUACAAGGGGGUUUUGGUGAAAGUGGUGACCAAGGACGGUGUGAAGGAAUUAGAUUUCGAUAACGAUCGUAUUGUCAAGAGCGCUUAAUGAGGGGUUGUAUCAUACCACUGUUUGUCUUUUGUUUUCGGUUUCAACGGGACUUGGUUUUCAGACGAUCGGUUGCAUGCUAGUUCUUCCCCACGAUGCUGAUCGGCAAGUAGUGUCUCGUCCCGAUUCAAUGAAUCCAAA